CUGUAAGUACAUUUCAGGAGACCCUGUUUCUCAAAUGUCGUGUCUUGCGACUCCUUUUCCCAUCAAUGUGCCAGACUGCUCCUCACGUCAAGGGCCCCCGUAACGAGUCGAGACUUUCUCCAUGAAAUACCCCUGCAUCGAGCGAGCCGAUACGGCAAUGCAAAUGUUGUCAAGUUACUUCUAUCCCACCACUCCAAUCCUUUAGUAUUUGACUGCGAACGAGGGCGAAACGCAAUGCAUUUAGCGGCUUCACACGACCGGUGUGAGAUUGUUGAGCUUCUUUGUAACCACAUAAAGAGAAUCGAGCAUUCCGGGGACUGUUCACUCGCCGGUGGCGAAACAAAUGUCUCCUCUCCACAAUGUUCUUGUCCGACAAUUUUUCCACGCCUGAAUGACAAAGAUGCUUGUGGUGAUACGGCACUCCACAUUUCAAUAGUUGAAAAUCGUCCACGGAUAGUCUCUACAUUGCUUAGGUUUUCAAAAUCGAUCGCCGAUACGCCAAUGAAUCACUAUGGCACUACGACCAAAGUGCUUCUUAAAAAACCUCAACAUUGGUAUCGCCCUUUGCAUGGAGCACUUCGCGACUUAAAGUUGGUGAAAGCCCUCGUCGAUGGGGGAGCGACUGUUGAUUUGCCUGAUUCCGAGGGGUUGACACCGCUCGUGACCGCGAUACACGGUAAAGACAAAGAGGCAGUCGGAUAUCUUCUAGAACAUGGAGCAGACUUCCUCAUUUCUUGUUCGAAGCAUAAAGAAACGACUGUUCUACAAGAAGCAGCCGAUCUCUGUUCUGCCGCUAUACUAAACCGGCUUGAUACCAAGGACCCGCGAAAUGACUUAUCCACCAAUCGUGGCAGGGCCAUCCUCCUCGAGGCUCAGGCCUGUAGAAAAUGGGACAUUGUUCAGAACUUGAUUCGACAUUGCCGUGCAAAAGACUGCAUUGGGAAAGUUUUGGAUGGUGAAAAGAUUAUUGAAUAUGCACUUCGUUAUUCCACAGUACCGGUUGUGGAAUUCUUAUUGACGAACGGCGCUAAUCCCAAUUGUCAACUUUAUUAUCAGGAUGAUUAUUGGAACUUACCAAUUCAUGUUGCUGCAGAGGUAAACAGCAUCCGAGCAGCACAAUGUUUAUUAAAACGUGAGGCGUCGUUACUAUCGAAAAGUCAAAGGGAGGAACUGCCAUCUCAAUUCGCGAUGUAUUUCGCUGGCCCUGAGACGGUUGGCUGGUUUUUGAGGGAAACCAUCGCGGCAAUCAGGAAACAGACAAAGACUAUACACAUUGCAGACACGAUGACAAGGUUCCUGGUAGAAAGUACAGCACUCGCCUGCCAACAGGGAUCGGUGGAGAUAUUGCAGAUCGUCCUCAAGAUUGGCAAACAAGAGAUUGACGACCUUCCGAAAAUGGGACCCUUGCUCCACAUUGCAAUGCAUUGGGGUCGAGUCCAAAUAACGAAAUAUCUCUUGGAAGCUGGUUGCGAUCCGACAGAAGCUGAUCUGAGAGGGAGAACGCCUACACAAAUUCCCUUUUCCGCUUUCAAAGGCCACCACAACGCGCCUAGCAACAGCCAGGAGGAUUACCAGGAAUGCCUAAAGCUGGUCCAAGAAGCAAUCGACCUCAGGGGGACCACCGACACGACGGCUGAAUCUACAACUAAUCAAAUGCAGCUGGUCUCCACCACAACAGACUCACCUACAAGUCGGCGUGAUAGAGGAACAGCGGAAGCGCCGCCGAAACCCAAUCUAAGGCAACGACCGAAACAAACUGUUGCUCUUGCCCAAGCGUUCGCACCUCGAAGAAGCCGCCGUUUCUUGGGGAUAUCUAUGAAAUAAAACAAGAGUCUCGCAGAGAAGGACUCGUUCAGGUCAGACUGCUUGCACUCCAGAGUGAUUACAACCGUGCAAAAAUCAUCAAAUCCAAUUCCUGAGAGGACUAUGGUUGCGAUGGGAUGAAGCGCUCUGACUAAUCCCUCUUGCAUCUCUCGAGUCGCGUCAAACCUUUACAACCAUCCUCUGGCCACCCGAUCCAACGAUACUCAGCUUCGUCCCG